AUGAUCUGGCAGUCGCUGCUAUGCCUCAUUUUAUAUCUUUCCCAGCAUCCCGUCAGAUGUUUUCCGCCCAGUUCGCUGAUACACUAUUGGACAGGGAGCAAAACUCUCAUAUGCAUCUUGUUUACAAAAUUGAAUAUCCAUGUUCUCCUUGAACGCAUCUUGCUGAACUUCCCUGGAUAUUCAUUCACUGUUGCUCAGAUGCAAGCAAAUGCGACUCCACAUAUUCCCAGUGCAUAUCCAAUAGCCGUGCCGGGGUUCGAACUACGCUCAAGUACGAAAACGUUGGCCCGUUCAGACGUGAGAAUUCAGAUGCGUCCAAAUUGCGCUGGUGGAAUAGUGUUAACACGUUCACCUCACAGGUCAGGUGACCGGAGUCCAAACCCCGGCAUGGCCAUUGGGUAUGCACUGCUGAUGAGCUGUAACAAGAGAGAAACUCGAGUCCAGUGCUCCCCCCUUUGGUGUUCUAGUGUGGUUCCGGCCAAACAAGUAUUAUGGAACGGUCGUCAUUCGUUUGAUCUAUUGAAACGAAGUGGGUAUAAUCUGGAUGGCAUGGAUCCGGAUGAAUUUUACGAAAAAAUCCUCCCCAAAAAUGAGUUCAUCGACCUUUGCAAAUCGCAUACACACCAAAGGGAAGCACUGGGCUCAAGUUUCCCUCCUAUUAGAGCUCAUCAUCAUCAUCAUCCAAUGGCCGUGCNGGAUUUGAACCCCGGACAUCUGACAUGCGAGGCGAGCGUGCGAACGUGCUCAUACUUGAGCGAUGUGAUUGGUGUGCCUGACUCAUCGAACGACGACCCAGGAACUGCCUUGGUUGUGACGAUCGAUUAA